AUGAUGGCCUGGUGGCGGAAGAAGGUCGUCUUCCCCGCGCGCCGCGCGCUCGCCGCCGUCUCCACCCGCGUCCGCUCCCGCAAGACAGGCGGUGGAGGCAGCAUACUGAAGCUUCAUGAGGACGUGCAGACCUGUGGAUACAAGGACGUGCAGGUGAUGUUCGAGAUGCUGACGUCGGAGCUCGAGGACCCCAAGAGGCGCAAGCAACAGCAGACGGCCUCCUGGAGGCCGCCCUCAGCGUGGCCCAGCCGGUCAUCGUCGUCGAUCGCGGCCGCGGCGCAGUAG